UGAGAGCAUAUUUUAUUAAAAAUUCCGCCUUUUCAUUCUUUAUUCCAUCUGUUCUUGUUUCUUGUCUUACUGAUUCUCUACAGCUUGAGCUGCUCUUUCCUUUUCUUUCAAUAUGGAACUAAGUUUUACAAGAAACUGUAUCGAAUCUUUCGAAAAAAGUAUCUGAUACUGUCUUCUGUAUCAUGCAACUUGAAAUGGGUACUGUUCAAGUUUCUCAUUUGAUGCUGAUUUUGGCAAUAUUUUUUGCUGCUGGUGCUAGUGGAUAUAAUUCAACAGACUCCUAUUGGCUUCUGAGAAUAAAAUCACAAUUGGUCGAUCCUUUUGGAGUUGUUGAAAGCUGGUCUGCAGAGGCUCAUAUGUGCAGCUGGAAUGGAGUUAUGUGUUCACAUGAUCAAACCCAUGUAGUGGGCUUGAACCUAUCUGGCUCAGGAUUAUCAGGUUCUAUUUCGCACGAGUUCUGGCAUGUUUCUUCGCUUCAAGUGCUUGAUUUGUCUUCAAAUGUUAUUACUGGUUUGAUUCCUUUGGAGCUUGGAAAGCUGCAAAACUUGAGGAUUUUGCUUCUGUAUUCCAAUUUUCUCUCUGGUAAGAUUCCUGAAGAAUUAUGCUCUUUGAAGAGAUUGCAAGUUCUUAGAAUAGGAGAUAAUAUGUUAUCAGGUGAAAUUACACCAAGCAUUGGCAACUUGAUUGAGUUGAGAGUUUUGGCUUUUGCUUUUUGCCAAUUUAAUGGAAGCAUUCCAGUUGAGAUUGGUAAUUUGAAGUAUCUUGUAUCUCUUGACCUGCAGAAUAACAGUCUUACUGGCCUAAUACCGGAAGAGAUUCAGAACUGCAAGGAGCUUCAAAAUUUUGCAGCAUCGAAUAACAGGCUUGAAGGAGAAAUCCCUGCAUCAAUUGGGAAGCUUAAAUCACUGCAAGUAUUGAAUUUAGCCAAUAACAGCCUUUCAGGAGCAAUUCCUGUCGAGUUAAGUCAUAUCUCCAGCUUGAAGUACUUAAAUCUGCUUGGAAAUAAAUUGACUGGUCAAAUUCCAUUGGAGCUAAACCAGUUGAUUCAACUUGAAAAGCUUGACUUAUCAAUAAACAAUCUCUCAGGAACCAUUAACCUCCUCUGUACCCAAUUAAAGAAUCUUGAAACUUUAGUUCUGUCUAAUAAUGAUCUAACAGGAACAAUUCCUAGUAACUUCUGCCUCCAGAACUCAAAUCUGCGACAACUUUUCCUGCAUCAAAACAUUCUUUCGGGCAAGUUUCCUUUAGAGCUAUUGAACUGCUCCUCUCUUCAACAAUUAGACCUCUCUGAUAACAACUUCCAAGGCGAGCUGCCAUCAAGCCUUGGCAAAUUGGACAACCUCACAGAUCUUAAGCUCAAUAAUAACAGUUUCAGUGGGAAGUUACCUCCUGAAAUUGGGAACAUGACUAACUUGGUGAAUCUUUACUUGUUUGAUAAUAUGAUCAUGGGAAGACUUCCAACAGAAAUUGGCAAGUUACAGAAGUUGAAUACUGUUUAUCUUUAUGAUAAUCUGAUGUCAGGGCAGAUACCAAUAGAAUUAACAAACUGCAGCAGCUUAACAGAAAUUGAUUUCUUUGGCAAUCACUUUACUGGGUCAAUUCCUCCAACUAUUGGGAAGCUUAAGAAUUUGAUUGUUCUUCAACUAAGACAGAAUGACUUGUCAGGUCCAAUCCCACCAAGCUUAGGCUACUGCAGGAGGCUUCAAAUAUUGGCCUUAGCAGAUAACAAGCUUUCUGGAACAUUGCCACCAACAUUCAGAUUUCUUUCACAACUUUAUAAAGUUACUCUUUACAACAAUUCCUUUGAAGGUCCUCUUCCUUCUUCUCUCUUUUUUCUUAAAAACCUAAAAAUUAUCAAUUUUUCUCACAAUAGGUUUCGUGGAAGCAUUUCUCCUCUCUUGGGUUCAAAUUCUUUGACUGCUUUAGAUUUAACCAACAAUAGUUUCUCUGGUGUUAUUCCAUCUAGACUAGCCAUGUCUAGAAAUCUAAGUCGUCUUCGUCUUGCAAACAACCAGCUCAUCGGUAACAUUCCUAAUGAGUUUGGCAAACUCGUGCAGCUCAGAUUUCUUGAUUUAUCAUUCAACAAUCUCACUGGAGACUUGGCGCCUCAGCUCUCGAACGGUGUAAAUCUUGAACACUUCCUACUUAGUAAUAACCAUCUGAAAGGCACUAUGCCUUCUUGGUUAGGUAAUUUACAACAACUUGGAGAGUUAGAUUUCUCAUCAAAUAACUUCCAUGGAGAAAUACCUGCACAACUUGGAAACUGCUCAAGGUUACUCAAGCUUUCCCUCCAUAGCAACAAUCUUUCAGGCAAGAUUCCGCAAGAAAUAGGAAACCUCAGUUCUCUAAAUGUUCUAAACCUACAAAGAAACAAUCUUUCCGGCUCUAUUCCUCGGAAUAUUCAAGAAUGUCAGAAACUCUUUGAGCUGAGACUAUCUGAAAAUUUCUUGACAGGUUCUAUACCACCUGAGAUAGGAAAGCUAACUGAGUUACAAGUUAUCUUGGAUUUAAGCAAGAACUCUCUCUCCGGCGAAAUUCCGUCUUUUCUUGGAAACCUUGUGAAGUUAGAAAGAUUGAAUCUUUCUUUCAAUCACCUUCAAGGAGAAGUGCCUUUUUCCCUAGCAAAGCUGACAAGUCUUCAUAUGCUAAACCUGUCAUAUAAUGAUCUUGAGGGACAGCUUCCAUCAACUUUUUCAGGAUUCCCACUUAUUUCUUUCAUGGGUAAUGACAAGCUAUGCGGCCCACCAUUAAUAUCAUGCUCGGAAUCAAGGGGCAAAGGGAAUAAAGGCCUCUCAAAUACCGCUGUUGUUGGGAUUGUAGCAGCCAUUGUGUUUACUUCGACAGUAAUUUGCUUGGUUAUGCUUUAUAUCAUGGUAAGAAUUUGGCGUAACUGGAGAAGAGUAACAAUAUCAAGCUCAGAUGGUGGAGGAAAUGAACAACAUAAAAUUAUAGAGGAAGCGAAAUGGAGUAAUGGCUAUGGCUAUGGAGAGGAGAAGAAAAGGAAUAUCGGUGAUCAUCAAUAUUGGAAAAUGAACUCUUCUAUGGCGCAAGAUAAUAAUAAUAAGCAGAUUUCUACAACUUGCAUUUUCCAUUUCAAAAUGGAUACAAAAUCUAUAGGAAAUACAUUCAUCUGAGAAGAUAGAUUCAGUCUUUAUUUCUUUUUUCUUUUUUUCUUUUUUAAAGGUUUUCUGUUUGUAUAUUUCCAUCCUUUGAUCUUUCUAGUUUCUACAGUUCUGUGUUACUGUAAUUUUAACAGUUCAAGUACAUAAGCGUUUUUUCUUGAAUAGGCUAAAGAAAUGUAUUGAAUUUGAAAGUCUCCUUGGUUAUGGAAACUUAAGCCUUUACCUGAGAAUUUAUGAGGAAAUAGGAAAGAAGGAAAAUAAUAAAUAUAUGGCACCUCAAGUUCAAGGUCCAAGGAGUUUAUCAGAGUCCGAGAUAUAAAGAUAGGUUUGCAUGUUCAUUUGCAAAAUCAAGAUUCCUCAUUUCUAUGGUUUUAGAUGUCAAAUUUGUUUAUUUAGAAUCAAAAUUCAAUUAAUUAUCGAUUCAAAUUUCAAA